AUGGUUCACAACUGGCGAGAGGAAGCUUGGUAUAAGUACCUACGCUGCUUUGAACUGACUAAACGCUUAGAGAAGAAGGAAUACGGCAAAAACUUAUUCUUCUACCGUAUUAAGAAGGGCAUACUUGUUGACGACCAGGAACUAGGUCUGUUACCCGAUAAGCCUGUUCAUGCUCCUGCUGAAUCUCAACCACUAUCGAGCAUACAGCAACCUACUCCUGAGGCAGAGGUUAGCCAUCCUCAUGGCGGCUAG